AUGCGUUGCGCACUUUCCAAACUGCACAUGCUGCGCUCCUCCGUCCUUGCGCUGUGGAUCACGGCUCUCCAGGGAUUCCGAUCUACGGAUGCUGCCCCUAACCCCUCUCCCGUCCUGGGCUCCAGCUGGGGGAACCCGCGGAGGUACAUCCAUCUUCAGACCACCUCGGACUUAAACAACUUCUACUUGGAGAUCAGCCCGAAUGGACAUGUGCGCAAAACUACAAACCGGGGGUCCUACAGUGUCAUUUUAUUGAAAGCAGAGAGCAGAGACCGUCUGGCAAUAUUUGGAGUGAAAAGUAACCGAUUUUUAUGUAUGGACGCAGGAGGAACUCUUUUCACAUCUACUGUUUGCAGUAAGGAAGACUGUCUUUUUCACCACAAACUUUUGGAAAACCAUCGUGACGUGUAUUACUCCACCAAGCAUGGCAUACUGCUUAACCUGGACGGGGCGAAACAGGUGUUCAUAGCGGGACAGAACCUCCCUCAGUCCUCUCUCUUCUUAUCAGAGAAGAACACUGUUCCACUGGAGCGCCUGCAGCACCGGGAGAGGAGAAACCGACAGGUGAAUCCAUCAGACCCGCUGAACGCGCUCCGGUACGCAGAGGCGUCAGACUCCAGAGCUGCUCAAGAGGACGAUGGGGACUUAGACUUUGAGCCGUCAGAGGGUCAAAACAUCUCGAGGGAAACCCUGGUUUCUCCUUCCGAUGAUGACCCGUGGGAUCUUCUUCACGACACGAGCCCCGGCAGUCCCCGGAUUUCAGCAGUUGUCGGAUAAAGUUACAGAUCCUCCAUGGCGUGACU